AUGGAGAGCCCGGAGAUCGUGGCGGAAUUCGUCGCCAUCACUGCCCAGCCGGAACGCGUCGCGCGGCAAUACCUUGAGGCACAUAAUUGGGAUCUGCAGUUAGCAGUGAAUUUCUUUCUGGAGCAUGGAGGGGAUGAGGGUGGAGGCCUUGGGAACGGAAUCACUGAUGCCAUCGAUCUCACCAGCGAGCCGCCGCCUGCUGCGGCCACCACACGCCCUCGCAACUUCCACGGGCAGACUCUGGGUGGAGUGGAGUCGCGGGGGACAGCAGGAUUAGCAGGGAUAGGAGGGAUGCAGCAGCAGGAGGAGCAGGCGCAGCAGGAGGAGUAUGAGGGCCUGAACCCUGUGCGGCCCUUCAUGACAGGCUCUGCUUUUGAUCGUCUCAUGCCCACCUCUCGUGCCCCUGCGACUGCUCGCGCUCCCACCUCCGCACCUAUCAUCUCCGAGCCUCGGGAGGUUCGGGAGAUUCCGAUCCAGUGGGAUGAUGCUGCCAGUAACGGUAACGGCAGUGCUGGCGGCAGGGGGUACAUGAGUGGUGGCGGCCAGAGGGGUUUAGGAGGGGGUCAGGGUUUUGGGGAGGGUAGGGGGGCUGGUUUUGAUGAGGCUUUUCACAGAGGGUAUGGGAGGAGAGUUGGUUUUGGCCCGUUUGGGUUAGCGUCUCAGGAGCAAGGGCAGCAGCAGGAGCAGCAGCAGUGGAAUCAGAGUGGUGGAGUGCGUAUUGAGGAGGUGGAGGAUGGUGAUGAUGGUGCUGCUGGUGGUGCCGGUGCGUGUGGUGUGGGUGCAGGUGCUGCGGGAGUAGGGCGAGGGUUAGGGGGUGUGGGUGAAGGUGUGACGGGAGGGGAGUGGGCGAGGGGGCGAGUGUUGGUUCAGGAACCAGGUGUAGGCGAAGCGACUGGAGGAGCAGGGUUGGGAGCAGCAGCAGGAGCAGGAAUGGGAGCAGGAGCAGGGGGGGUGUUCGGUGGAGAGGCAGAGGAAACAGGGUUUGCUACCAUGGUCCCUGCAUCAGCAGCAGCACCCAUGGAUGUGGAUCAGGAUGAGGAUGACGAUGUGAUGCGCGCAAUUGCACUCUCCAUCAAGACGGCAGAGGAGGAAGCAGCAUCAAGGAAUCAGUCUGCCACAGCCUCACUCCAGCCUCCGUUCACAGUACCUGAAACAGCACCCUUACCACCUGCACCACCAUCAGCGGCAGCAACAGAAGUGGCAGGAAGAGGAUUAGGGUUAGGAGCAGAAGCAGGAGCAGGAGCCGGAGCAGGAACAGGGGUGUUGCCUUCCUGGCCGCAUGUGGCAGGAUAUUCAACCCAGAGCGGACGGGGCGGUGGAGGUGGUGGUGGUGGGUACGAGGAGGAAGAAGACGAGGAAGAGGAGCCGGUGCAGCCGCUCAUGCGACGCCGUGUGUACCAUCCUUACCACCCUGCUGACGGAGGUGGGGGAGGGGGAGGGGGAGGGGGAGGCGGAGGGGGCAGAGAGGCGAAUGAAGGGCGAUCAGGUUCAGCUGCUGCUGCUCCUGGUGCUGCUGCUGGUGGUGGGUUUAGCAGCGGCGUUGGGAGUGGGAGCGGGUUUGGCAGUGGCAGGGGUAAGUUCAAGUCGCAAUGGCAAUCCGACCAGUCCGCGUUUCACCCUGAGCUCAUUCACACUCUCCCGGCAGCACCUGCAGCUGCAGAAGCAGCGAGAGCAGCUGGAGAAGCAGCAGACGCAUGGCGAAGCGAGCAGUCUGGUGGGAGUUCCCGGGUUGCGGAAAGUGGAGCAGCAGCAGCAGGGGCGGAAGGGGAGGGUAUGGAGGGGACAAUGGCAGGAAUGGUGGGUGGGGGAGAUGGUGGGGCGGCUGGUGGGAUGGAUGCAAAUGGGAUGAGUCAGGAGGAGGUAGCAGCAGUGAUGCGGGCGGUUGAAGAGGCCUCUGCUGCUGAAACGGCCGCUGCUGCUGCUGCCGCUGCUGCUGCCGCCGCUGCUGCUGCUGCUGGUGAUGGUGAUGGGGCGGAUGCAGCACCCACUGCUGCGCAUGAUCAUUUGGGGGGCCUAUCCCACGCAGAGCAGGAGGAGGCGCGAAUCAUGGAAGCAAUCAUGUUCGGAACCCCCCUUCCCGACCAUGACCCUGCUCUUGCUGCCGCUGCUGCCGCUGGUGCUGCUGCUACUGGCGUCACAGGCACUGCCAUGCCCAUGCACCCAUCUCUCUCCGCCUCUGCUGCUGAUGCCGCCGACGCUUCUACUGCUGCAGCCGCCGCUGCUGCUGCCGGGGCACCGUACGGGUCCGCGUAUCUCCCGCGUAGACCCCACUCUUGGCGGCAAUAUGGAGGAGGGUUGGGAGACAUGGGCGCAGGAGGCUCGAUGGGAGGACGAGGAGUAUUUCAAGACGAGGAGUAUUUCAAGUCACUGAUAGCCGACCAGGAGAAGGAGGAGGCAGCGCGAAGGAAGGAGGAGGAGGAGCGGCAGAGGCAGCAGCAGGAGGAGCAGGAGCGGCAGGACGGGUUGAGACGGCAGAGGGAGCAGGAGGAGGAGGAGCAGCGGCAGCUGGCAGCAAAAGAGGCGUCACUGCCUGUGGAGCCAGCAGCAGGGGAGGAGGGCGCAAUCACUCUCAUGCUGCGCCUGCCAGACGGCUCCCGCCUAAGCCGCCGCUUCCUUACUUCAGAUACCUUACAGGCGCUUUUUGACUAUGUGGAUGUGAGCAAGCUAGUCAAGCCCAACACAUACAACAUCGCAAGGCAGUUUCCCCGGCGUGUGUUUCAGCCAGCAGAGGCGCAUGCAACCCUGGCAGAUCUGGGCAUCACCAACAAGCAGGAAGCCUUCUACAUCCAGCAGCUCUAG